GGGGGCGGGAGGGGGCGUGGCCUCGACGGGCAAGCGGCGAUAAGAGGUGGCGUCCUCCGCGGCAUUGCGAGCACCGCCUGUCUGCGCCGCCAGGCGUAGGCGGGGUGGCCCUUGCGUCUCCCGCUUCCUUGAAAAACCCGGGCGGGCGAGCGAGGCUGCGGGCCGGCCGCUGCCCUUCCCCACACUCCCCGCCGAGAAGCCUCGCUCGGCGCCCAACAUGGCGGGUGGGCGCUGCGGCCCGCAGCUAACGGCGCUCCUGGCCGCCUGGAUCGCGGCUGUGGCGGCGACGGCAGGCCCCGAGGAGGCCGCGCUGCCGCCGGAGCAGAGCCGGGUCCAGCCCAUGACCGCCUCCAACUGGACGCUGGUGAUGGAGGGCGAGUGGAUGCUGAAAUUUUACGCCCCAUGGUGUCCAUCCUGCCAGCAGACUGAUUCAGAAUGGGAGGCUUUUGCAAAGAAUGGUGAAAUACUUCAGAUCAGUGUGGGGAAGGUAGAUGUCAUUCAAGAACCAGGUUUGAGUGGCCGCUUCUUUGUCACCACUCUCCCAGCAUUUUUUCAGAUGUCUGGAAUGGCUGGUCUUUUUAGCAUCUCUGGCAAGAUAUGGCAUCUUCACAACUAUUUCACAGUGACUCUUGGAAUUCCUGCUUGGUGUUCUUAUGUCUUUUUCGUCAUAGCCACCUUGGUUUUUGGCCUUUUUAUGGGUCUGGUCUUGGUGGUAAUAUCAGAAUGUUUCUAUGUGCCACUUCCAAGGCAUUUAUCCGAGCGUUCUGAGCAGAAUCGGAGAUCAGAGGAGGCUCAUAGAGCUGAACAGUUACAGGAUGCGGAGGAGGAAAAAGAUGAUUCAAAUGAAGAAGAAAACAAAGACAGCCUUGUAGAUGAUGAAGAAGAGAAAGAAGAUCUUGGCGAUGAGGAUGAAGCAGAGGAAGAAGAGGAGGAGGACAACCUGGCUGCUGGUGUGGAUGAGGAGAGAAGUGAGGCCAAUGACCAGGGGCCCCCAGGAGAGGACGGUGUGACCCGGGAGGAAGUAGAGCCUGAGGAGGCUGAAGAAGGCAUCUCUGAGCAACCCUGCCCAGCUGACACAGAGGUGGUGGAAGACUCCUUGAGGCAGCGUAAAAGUCAGCAUGCUGACAAGGGACUGUAGAUUUAAUGAUGCGUUUUCAAGAAUACACACCAAAACAAUAUGUCAGCUUCCCUUUGGCCUGCAGUUUGUACCAAAUCCUUAAUUUUUCCUGAAUGAGCAAGCUUCUCUUAAAAGAUGCUCUCUAGUCAUUUGGUCUCAUGGCAGUAAGCCUCAUGUAUACUAAGGAGAGUCUUCCAGGUGUGACAAUCAGGAUAUAGAAAAACAAACGUAGUGUUGGGAUCUGUUUGGAGACUGGGAUGGGAACAAGUUCAUUUACUUAGGGGUCAGAGAGUCUCGACCAGAGGAGGCCAUUCCCAGUCCUAAUCAGCACCUUCCAGAGACAAGGCUGCAGGCCCUGUGAAAUGAAAGCCAAGCAGGAGCCUUGGCUCCUGAGCAUCCCCAAAGUGUAACGUAGAAGCCUUGCAUCCUUUUCUUGUGUAAAGUAUUUAUUUUUGUCAAAUUGCAGGAAACAUCAGGCACCACAGUGCAUGAAAAAUCUUUCACAGCUAGAAAUUGAAAGGGCCUUGGGUAUAGAGAGCAGCUCAGAAGUCAUCCCAGCCCUCUGAAUCUCCUGUGCUAUGUUUUAUUUCUUACCUUUAAUUUUUCCAGCAUUUCCACCAUGGGCAUUCAGGCUCUCCACACUCUUCACUAUUAUCUCUUGGUCAGAGGACUCCAAUAACAGCCAGGUUUACAUGAACUGUGUUUGUUCAUUCUGACCUAAGGGGUUUAGAUAAUCAGUAACCAUAACCCCUGAAGCGGUGACUGCCAAACAUCUCAAAUGAAAUGUUGUAGCCAUCAGAGACUCAAAAGGAAGUAAGGAUUUUACAAGACAGAUUAAAAAAAAUUGUUUCGUCCAAAAUAUAGUUGUUGUUGAUUUUUUUUUAAGUUUUCUAAGCAAUAUUUUUCAAGCCAGAAGUCCUCUAAGUCUUGCCAGUACAAGGUAGUCUUGUGAAGAAAAGUUGAAUACUGUUUUGUUUUCAUCUCAAGGGGUUCCCUGGGUCUUGAACUACUUUAAUAAUAGCUAAAAAACCACUUCUGAUUUUCCUUCAGUGAUGUGCUUUUGGUGAAAGAAUUAAUGAACUCCAGUACCUGAAAGUGAAAGAUUUGAUUUUGUUUCCAUCGUCUGUAAUCUUCCAAAGAAUUAUAUCUUUGUAAAUCUCUCAAUACUCAAUCUGCUGUAAGUACCCAGGGAGGCUAAUUUCUUUAAAAAAAAAAAAAUCUAUCCAUCUACUUCUCUCUUACCUGAUUUAUUUGUUAGAAUAAAUUCAUGAAAUUCGAUUCCAAGCAUACGAAA